GGAGGAGGCGGGGCGGGGGCGGCGCCGAGCAGGAGCCCAAGCCCGAGCCCGAGCUCCAGCCGGAGCGGGAGCGUAGCUUAGCCACCACCGCCGCUUGGUCCCAGCAGCCGCCUCCUUUUUUGCUCCAGCUCCAGCUCCAGCUCCAGCCCCAGCCUGGACCCGUUCUUGGGGCGGCAGCAAUCGCAGCCUCUGGUCCGGUCCAGUCCUGCUUGGUCCUGCCCGAACCUAGAGCCCGGCCCAGCAUGGCAGCAGAGGCCCCUGCCCCCGGUCCCAGUCGUUUCCCGGCCCAGUGCAGCGUCCAGCCCCGCCUCUGAAGGACUCCCGACGGAGGUCCCUGGGAGCCCGGCGUCCCUGCCCGCCCGCCCGCCCGCUUCCCCUACACUAGUUGAACUGCGGCCCGGACUUCCCGGAUCCCCCAAGUUCUGCACCUCUCUGCCUCCCUGCCUCCCUCCCUUCCUCCCUUCUCCUUGCACCUAGAUCUUCAGCAACUGAACCCCUCCGCACUGCACACCCGAGUUCCAUCACCCGGAUCCCCCAGACUUGCGCCCGCCAUCCCCUCACCCUCCCUCCUCCCUCUCUUCUAGCUCUAAUCGCCUACCCCACUUAAUUUUCCUCGUCCCACAUCCUCGGCUCCUCCAGGUCCCAGAUCCCCCCUGGCCUUGCGACCCUUUCUCGAACUCUUCAGUCCCAGAACCCAAGAUCCCCGAGUCCUAUACUCGGGGUUAGGGGUUCCUCGCAGUCGCCCCCGCCCCCUCCACUCCCCUGAGCUCGCGCCCCCAGCGGCGGCGCCAUGGCCAAGGACCAACUGCGGCCCCGGCUGUGCCGGAUGAUCAAGGGCGAGCAGGGCUACGGUUUCCACCUGCACGGAGAGAAGGGCAAGAGUGGCCAAUUCAUUCGCAAGGUGGAGCCGGGCUCCCCGGCGGAGGCGGCGGCGCUGCGCGCCGGGGACCGACUGGUGGAGGUGAAUGGGGUCAACGUGGAGAAGGAGACGCACCUCCAGGUAGUACAGAGGAUCAAGGCUGUAGAGGGUGAGACCCGGCUCCUGGUGGUGGACAAGGAGACAGACGAAUACCUGGCCAGCCUGCAUCUGACUUGCACGGAGGAGAUGGCUCAUCAUGGGGUUCUGCCGUCAGCUCCCAUAGACCCCCAGGAUAAUGGCAACUUGUGGGAGCGCCAGCCAGAGACCUGGCCACCCAGGGCUGUGGGGGACAGCUUCAGCAGCCAGAAGGAUGUGCCUGGAACUCCUCGGGAGCUGCGACCACGUCUCUGCCACCUCCACAAAGGCCCUAACGGCUAUGGCUUCAAUCUGCAUAGUGAGAAGUCCCGGCCUGGGCAGUACAUUCGUGCUGUGGAUGCUGGGUCACCUGCUGCCCACUCUGGUCUUCGAGCCCAGGAUCGGUUAAUUGAGGUAAAUGGUCGAAAUGUGGAGGGACUUCGUCAUGCUGAGGUUGUGUCCAGCAUCAAGGCCCAUGAAGCUGAGGCACGGCUGCUUGUGGUUGAUCCUGAGACUGAUGCCUACUUCAAGAGACUACGAGUGGUGCCUACUGAAGAACAUGUCACGGGACCAUUGCCUUCCUUGAUUACAAAUGGGAUGAGCCCACCCCAGAUCAACGGCGGUUCGACUUGCUCAUCUCGGAGUGACUUGCAGAAUGUGGACAAGGACACAGAGGACAAUGACAUGGCCAAGAGGGACCCCUUCCAGGAGAGCGGACUCCAUCUAAGCCCUACCGCAGCAGAGGCCAAGGAGAAGGCCCGGGCAAAGCGAGUCAACAAGAGGGCACCGCAGAUGGACUGGAACAAGAAGCGAGAGAUUUUUAGCAACUUCUGAAGCCCUGUUCCUUCCCCAUCCCCCACAGCCAGUGGCUCCUCCUGCUUCUCCCUGACGGAAGGGAACUAGGGAACUCCCUGCCAGGAGUCACAGGCUCUGUGCUCCACUGCCCCCACCCCCUUCCUGAGGCCAGAGCUCCAGUACUGUCUUUAACCUGUGUCUGAGGAGCCUCUGGCUGAGGUUGGGGAAGGGGGGGAACUUCCUCUUGGUCCCAAGGAUUUGGUCUGGUCUGUUCCCCUCCCAAGCCUCACUGCCUGCCUGCACCCUUGUUGCUAGAAGAGCCACUUCCUUCCCCAUCCUCCUACCCCGACCAGAGCCUCAGUGAGGCAGGACCAGAGAAUGGGUCUCCUUAGCUCCAGGAGCCAAACCUGACCCUUGGUGCUGGACCCUUGCUGAAACUUCUGUUCUUGUCUCUUUGGGGAUAUAUUCCCUGAGAGGAGGGCAAGAGAGAGAGAAAGAUUGAGAGAGACUCAGAGAGCCAGAGAGAAACAAAGAAAGAUAGAGGCACAGUAAGAGAGAGACCCUUUAUUAUUGUUUUUUUUUUUUGCCAUUGGCCAGUGGAUUUAAGGGAAUUUUUGUGUUACACAUGUUUUCAUUUACUGCCAGGAAUCUCCCCUCCCCCCACAGGGACACGGACACACACACACACACACACUCUCUCUCUCUCUCUCAGUCUUUCUCAGGCAGCAAAACAAACCUCACUGCAGUCCUUUCCUUCUCCCUCCCUUCCCCCAAUCACUAGUCCUCUCCUGUUAAAGUCACAGGGACCUGGGGACCAAGGCCAGAAUUGGCAGCUGAUGAGCCCUGCGGGUGGGUGGAAGGGAAGGAAGCUCGUUUGGGGCAAUGAGCCAACCUUGCCCAGUUUGGGGUCUCUCAAGGAGGUUGCUCCAUCUGGGGAUGCUGGAAACAGCUCAAGGGACCAUCCUAGGCCCCUGGAGGCAAGUAGGGGCCUAGAACUGAAGGGCUCCCUGCUCUUUGUCACCUAGGUCUGGGUCUCUCCUGAGCUUUGCUGCCUUUGCUCCAUGUGGGCCUAGAACCUGGGUCAAGCCCUGGUCAUUGGUGGGCCACAGGUCUGCUCUGCUCUGCAUGAGCCUCAUUGGGCAGUCGGCUACUGCAUCCACAAGCCCCCCCAGCAUCUGUUCUUGGAUGGGCUGAGCUGGUGAACAAGGCACCUACAGCUUGUGCAUCUCCUGCCCUGCUUCUCAGAUUGGCUUCUUCAAUGCUUCAAGCCUUCCUGGCAGUUGCCGCUCCCUUCCUUGGACAGCCUCUUGCCUUGGAGCCUGGAGGGCAAGUAAUCCAGACCUUUUGGGAGUUUCUUUUUUAAUCCAUCAGUCUUUUUAGUUGCUGAUUGAUUUGCGUUGAAGACAGAUAUUUGGGCUGGGGAUGUCUGCUUCAAACCCUAUUGGGGUCAAUUAUUAAAAUGCCUUUGGGGUCUUCUUCUUUUCCCAAAGCCACUGCCAACUGGAAGCCUCUUAGCCCAAAACAACCUGGAUAGUUUAUGGAAAAGGACCUGGAGGAAGGUGGUGCCCAGGGGCUCUCCUGGGUUAAGGUCUCUGUAUGUACAGUUUUGUAUAUGUCGUAAAAGGUGCCUUAGGAUUGUCCUGGGUGUCCCAGCCCAUUCAGGGAGGGCUGAGCCCUGGGGGUGAGUGGGAAGGGGAAUAGUUUUAGGAACGUGCUCAGGGCUAAGGAGGAAGAGUCAGAUUUGCUUCGGUAAAGUUUGUUCUGGUUUGUUUUGUUUUGUGUUGGGGGGGAGUGAAGGAGUGAAGAUGGAGUAAGGAUAGAAUGAGGGAUUAUCAUGGUGAGGUUGGGGGCAGGGGUCUGCAGUGCAUAGCAGCAACUGGGGUCCCAGCUCUGAUGAAGAGAUUGUAUUUUGGGGUUUCACACCCAGCUCUUCCCUGAGGAACUGGGACACUCACUGACUGGACAAUGCUAUCCUGGUUGUUUGGUGCUCCUCGAAGAGACAACCAAUGGAGGGAGUGAUUCUGGCACAGAAAACCUGUUAUGAGUGGAACUCACUGUUACACUGUGGUAUCAGUAUUGCUCUAGCCUCCAGGUCUCUCUAGGUGUAGGGCCUGAACCUGCCUGAAGACAGGGCCUUCCUUCCAUGUAAAGAGCAAGAUACAGAGUAGAUUGUCUCCUCUUCUGUGUAAGGGCCAAACAGGGUGGGCACACCCUCCUCAUCCAUAGACCUCAGGAAAAGGUUUAUGGUGGCAGUUACAGUGGGGAAGGCAGAACCAAGGUUGCUACUCAGCUGAAAUCAGGUAUGCAUGAUUGCAAAUGCAAAAUUAAGCUGCCCACUGAUAGUGCACCCUACAUCACCCAUCUCUCUCUUUCUUGUAGUGUAAUAGUAAUAACUCUUCUUUCUUUCCCCUCCCCCCACUUACCUUGAAAACCAAUGCGAGUAUAAGCUGUUGGCAUUGUAAGCUGUAAUGUGCACUUUUAACAUCAAUAAUAAACUUGGAAUCGCCAUGUACAGUAAAGAUAGGCUGCUAAGCUGGAA